AUGAGAAAGCGUUCCCACUCCUCCACCGUCCCUUCCCGUAUUCUCCCCGAUAAAGACGUCCCCCUGAAACGUCUCCGUGUGCUACCACGAAAAGCAGAACUCACAAAGCCGGAAGCCGUCCCGCAAUGGCUCAACGAAGCCGCUACCGCCUUCGUUGCUCGCACACCUACUUUGCGAUGGACCGGAGGAUUCUACUCAUGGGGUACAUGGUUGGAUGACCUUCGCCAACUCUCCGUCUGGACAACCACUCCGGAGAAUACAAAUAUCGCCCCACCAUGGCGUAUUCUCAUCGACGCUUGCAAGGCCUCUCGCCAAGUCCGCGGUACCGCCGCCUUGUAUGCCGCAAAGAGUGAUCUCGUUAAUAUCAUCAUCAAUCUGGUCUUUAGAAAAGGGGAGGAGCAGAGACUUACUCAUGUCAACGAGACCGCCGCUGCAGAGAGGGAUGUCAUGCGCAGAGUCAGAGCCGUUGUCACUCGUCAACGCAGACACGAAGCCCUUUCUCUUACUCUUAUCCGCUUUCUAGAUCUCGCCUUCGUCUUUUCUGCUUUCAAAGAUUGCCGUGUUGCAGGUGCUAUCGCUUUGAACCGUUCGGCUGAACAGGUUGCUGCUGACGUGGAAGCAGAGCUCUUGUUUUUAAAUCGUAAGCCCAGCGCAAAGGAGAUUCGUGACCUUACAAACCGUAUGGAACAAUACAUGUGGGAUAAUCGCUGGCUUCCUUGGUAUGAACAAGUCCCUGGUGUUCGAGAUGACAUGGUCAUACGAGCUCGAGAAGCCGCUUUGGCCUUUUGCAAAGGCCUCCCUUUUCCACAAAUUCGCUUUGGGACAGGCGUCCGAGGCCUCUCCAGAGAUCAUCUAGCUGGUUCGAAAAGCAUGGAUGAGUGGCUCUUACUCUUGCUAGACCCUAGUCAAAGCGAGAGGUGGUCUCGUCUUUCCGUCAUCUACGAAUCUGCGGUACGAGACGAGAGGGGUGAAGAAGAUCCUUUGCUUGAAGAGACGUCACGAAGAGUUUUACAAACAGUGUUAGAACCACUAACAGAGCUUAGAGAGGGUCUGGAUAGCGCUCACUCCAAGUUGGUCGAUGCUGCACCGGGCAUUAUUGUCUCCCAAUCUGUCAAUAUUCCAGGCCGAUUCACCUUCCGCCAGCUGCUCGAAUUGUAUAUACAUCUCUCUAUGUUUGGGGAAUAUCUCCACACAACAUACCGCGGAAGGGCUCUGCCUUCAAUCGACGAGAUUCAUACAGGUGCCGUACUAUACGAGGAGAUUAGACGUCGGGUUUGGGAAGUGCGCUGUGUCAUCAACGCAGACAAGAUGGACACGCUGCUGACUUGGUGUCUCGCCACACAGGAGCUUUACAAUGGCAUGCCAGCUCUCGAACGUCGAAUCUCGUAUCAACAGAUCGCCGUGAAGGCUGCCUUUGGGUCCGCUAUAAUACGACAUGCGGCGAAUCCAAAUGCUCCAUUUCCAGAACCCUUUAUCAUGCAGAAUGAUCCACUGUCUUACGCUGCGAUCGUCGCAGAGUGGGAUCCUCCCUUAGCAGCCAAAAUAGUAGAUGCAGCAGUAAGAAUUGGGCCGGCAAUUCGAGCUAGAUUCGAAAGUGGGCAUAGUGAUGGCCUUGAUCUAUACACAUAUCGUCGCGUAGUUGUUUGUGAUGCAGCUCGACAGAGAUCUGCUGGAGACUUGCAGGCAGCAGCCAGAACUAUGGCAAGGCUUCAUCCUGUGUGGGAUGUAUGCGAACCAGACAAGGCGUACGGGCCAUUCGACAUGAGAGGGGUCAUGAGACUACAAGCAGCGGCUGAGGAGGGAAACUUUGAAGCAUCUGCUGUCUACGGUUGCUUUCUCUGCAGCUUGGAUUGGAUUGAUCGACGUCGGCAAUGUGGAAUACCGGAGGAUAUGGAGAGAGGAAUUAGAUUUAUAUGCAAGGCAGUCGCAUUAGGAGAUACUGCUGCUGCUGCAGACCUCAUGCAUCUUCUUCUCUCUAAUCCCACAAGAAUAGAUGGACACAUCUGGGAGAUGACGCCACAAUUAGUAUGGCACUCUGUCCAGUGUUUGAAGGAAGCUGUGAGGGAAGAGCCUUCGAUGCGGUUGUUCGUAGGGUAUUUGUAUUCUUUGGGCGCGACAGAUGUUCCAGUUGAUUGCAGAGUGGCUGCAAAAGCCUAUCAAUGUGUUCUAGAAUCCGUCACCUCAAGUCCCAGGUUCCAAGCUUACGCGGCCAAUAACUUGGGUGUCUUGCGGUUGUUGAAUACACCUGGGGCGAGCAGUGCUCUCCCCGAAGCCAAUAAGGCGUUUGAAUUCAUCCGGGCAUCUGCCUCAGCUGCUGACCCCAAAGCUGAAUCAAAUUUAGGCGCUCUGCUCUGUCUUGAGAGUAGCGACUCGUAUCAGCAACUCGAGAUGGCAAAACAAACUUAUUGGCAGUGUCUCAGCAAUCGAGACUACAACAACCCCGUAACAACGAUUCAGGCUAGAAGGGAUACCAGCGAGGUUAAUGUUUACAAAAUGAGAAUCGCCCCACAACUACGGGAGAAGUUUUGCAGAGAACUUCGUGCUGAAGGCAUGGUUAUGGAGCGGUACGGGACCGUUUUAGAAACAGAAACAGUGCCGUACGUUCCCCAAGCAACUCUGGCAGAAUUGAAGCCGUAG